UUUUAUUUAGGUUAAGCCAGUCUACAAACUGGUUUCAUGCACAAAGUAUAAUAUUUUCUGAAGUAUUUAACUGACGUCAUGGAUGGUUUGUUUACAGCAGCUGGGGCUGCUUCAGAUAUAGCACUGGGAGUUAAGACGACCACCUUCUGGAGCAGCAUUCUAAUUCCAGUGUAAGAAGUAGAUGCCUUCAAGAAACAAGUAAUUAACACUGGUUGAGACAAACAUGGGAGCUGUAGUCUCUAGAUGGAAGGCAAAGCCUUCCACAGUAGAUGUUUUGGAAUGCAUUGAGAAGAACGUACAGAAACUGGAAGAAUUUAGGGAAACAAAUCAAAGACUGUUAAAGCUAUGGGUUGGAAGGCUGCUUCUGUAUUCAUCUCUUCUCUACCUUCUUACUUGUAUAAUUGUGUAUAUAUGGUAUCUUCCUGAGGAAUGGACUGCAAAAUUAAUCAUGGCUCUCCCAUUUUUUGUAUUUCCUAUACUAAUAUGGUUCCUAAGAAAAUUGCUGAUUUGGAUGUUCUCUAAACGAACAGAAAGAAACAAUGAAAAGCUUGAAGAAUUAAAAGCCCAAAAAAAGAAAAUACUUGAAGAAGUUAUGGAAAAAGAGACCUAUAAAACUGCAAAAUUAAUUUUGGAGAGAUUUGAUCCUGAUUCGAAGAAGAAAAAUGAACAGGAACUUGCAGCAGUGGCUGGACCACCUGUGACACCAAGGCCUGGUCAAGAACUUCGUCAGCGGAAUGUUUCCCAAAUAAAUCCUGUUCCUGCAACUCCAAUAAAUCCCAACCAAGGAGUUCCUCGUCCUGCUGCUACCCCUUCAGCGCCUUCUCCCACUUCUGCUCCAGGUGGUCCCCCAGAGCGAACCCUGGCCAUGGCAGCCGCCCAGCAAAAUCUCGUGAGACGAUCCAUGAGCCCUGGUACACCAGUGCCUGGAAUGGUCCGAGGGUUAGGGGCACAAAUGGAGGAAAAAUUAAGAACAAGAGGCCUGCACCCUCCUGGCCCUCCACUUGCAAGAGCUAUCCUUCCACGGGAGAGAGGAGUCAUGGAUAGAGUUGUCGAGUUCUUAGUAGGUGACGGGCCUCAGAACAGAUAUGCCCUUGUCUGUCAGCAGUGCUUUUCCCAUAAUGGCAUGGCCUUGAAAGAGGAAUUUGAAUAUAUCGCAUUUAGGUGUGCAUACUGCUAUUUCCUAAAUCCUGCUCGGAAGACUCGUCCUCAGGCCCCACGUCUCCCAGACUUUAGUUUUGAAAGAAGACCUUGUGCUGAUUCCCAAACGUCUGGUGCGGUUUCAGAGGCUGGUGUUCCUGAGAAUCAACCUUCUGCUGUCCUUUUGGAAGAAGCAAGACAGGAAGGGAAGCCAGUGGACACAGACCCUUAUCAGGAAGGGAAGCUUGCAGAAACUGAGGCGGAUGCUCAGGCCAGUGAUGAAAAACAGACUGUCCAAGUGGAGGAGCAAAAACCAUUGGAGAAUGCUGAAGCAGAACAGGAAGAGGUUUCCUUCAUGGAAACUGAAUAAAGACCUCUGUGCCUGAAUCCUAGCUAAAAUACACAUUGAUGCUUUUGACUUUAAGUAUGACUUGCAUUUUUAUUUUGUUUUAGUUAACAUUUUGCCUAGGCUCUGUCUAAACAGGCAAGGUGCUCUUGUUUAAAACGGCACUGAAACUGUUUGGGCUUCAGUGUAAAAUGUGUCAAUAUUUUGUACACAGUGGUGUCGCUGCCAAGAGUAGAUUUUAAGGAGAAAGUGGAGAAAAGAUUAUCAGCCUGCCUUGUUACUUUUUUAAGUUUAAUUAUUAUUAUUAUUAUUAUUAUUAUUAUUAUUAUUAUUAUUGUUAUUAUUACAUGUGUUUUUUACCCAUCAUAGAGAAAAUGAACUUCAAAGAUUAAACAAGUUCCUUAAUGGUAAAACGCAUGGGUGAUCAAGGGACGAAUUAGCACUGUUUAUUGGGUGUUUUUCUUGUGGAAAGUGUUUUUUUUUUUUUUUUUUUUUUUUUUUUUUAUGGCAUUUACACAAUGUAAAAACAUUUUACUGUUGCACGUAACAAUAUAAUGUGUACAGUUAUCUACAGCUAAAAGUUGCCUUUUGCUAAUAACUGAAAAAUUGUGAAGAUUUCAGGUACUAAGACAUUGAUUGGCAUGAUGAGGGCAGCCUCAUGUUUACAUGGUAAAGAUAUUGGUAGGAAAAGAGAGUUCAGCUUAGAUUUGUUCAACUUUUAUUUAUUCCUGAAAAUAGGCAAAGUACACUACGUUUGCCAAGCUGUGUGACUCUGUUUUUAAGGUGUUCCAAUAGGAAAAAUAAAUUAAAAAAAAAAAAAAAUGGUAAUCUUUUCUUUUGCUUUUUUAAAUUACUUUGUUACCUAUAGAUAAUGUGAAACUAAAAUGAAAAUGUUCAUAUUUCUUAUAACGUAUAGUGACUACUAAGGAAUCAGAUUGUAGGGCCACGCUUAACAAGAUUGUAUACUGCAACUUUGAUUUCUUGAACCCUGUUCUACCUGUUACUUGCCAAUCAGUAGUUGGUAUUUUCCAUAACCAUCCUUUUAAAUUUAUUACGUUGUGGAUACAAAACUACACAUUAGUUUUAAGACGGUGAACCAGAUGGAUUAACCAGUUGUUAGUCGAUUCUAAUGCACAUGUCAUUGAAAUAGUAGUUCAGAAGCGUUUCUUCACUAUCUGUAUCGUAUAAUGCAUUUGUAUUUCAUCGCCACACCUUCUUUCAUCAUUGUUUUUGUGUGUUAUUUAUUUUUAUAUACUUUGUGCUGUUCUAGGAUUCACUUCCAUCGCCAACUUUCCAUGCUUUUUAUUAAACUCUUAACUGUCAAUUGCUUCCGUAAUAGUCAGUCUGAUAAACAAAAUUUGUUAAUCUGAUUUAAACAGACCAGCCUUGUAGCCUGCCUUCACAGCUAGGGCUUAAAAACAUGAUCACAGUAUUAUUAUUAUUAUUAUUAUUAUUAUUAUUAUAUUUUUUUUUUUUUUAUAAAAUAUGAAAAAAUAGUUUAAUAAAUUGAAACAUGUUAUUUCUUCGCAUGCAAGUUUUUAGGAAUGAGCUUAGAGGUUUUAAUUAAUAAGCAGCUAUUACUGUUGGGGGAUUUAAAAAAAAUAUGAAAUACAAAACAGUUGGUAAGUAUCUAGCCUUUGUAGUUACCUAAAUAGAUCUUACUGAUGGUGCAGCAUGAGUUAAAUAAAAGCUACAUGCUUUAAUUAUUUUGAUUAGGACAGGUGGACUUUUCAAAAUAUUUUUUGUUGAUGGUAAGCUGGAAAACAAGUCAUGAAGUGAUUGCAAUACGUGUAUAUCUACAGUUAAAAAUAAUAUAAAACUGAAUGCUGACGAAAAACAAGUAGAAAUAGUGUUUGUACAUCAAUAGACACAUGUUGAAUGUCAGGUGACAGACUUAUCAACGAGGGAGGCAAUCUUCAUGAAAUAGUGUUCUCUUACUUUUACCUUUAGGAAGAACUCAUGCAGAUCUUCAUUUGAAAGUGCAUCAUGAACACACAUUUUACAAAGGCCUCUAAAGUAGGUUACCGUACAACCUCCAUCCACAAACAAACGCAUUGAUACUCAACAUCUCUACAAGUCUCCCACACAAGAUGGAUAGAAGGGUUCCAAGAAGACAUUUUCUUGUUAAUUUCCACUGCUUUUUAAAAUGUUUCCUGUAUUCUUAUGUCCGUAAUUGGUAACAAAUCUGCAUCAUGUACAUGUAUGUAGAUUUAAAUUGGGUAUGCCUAUAACAAUAAAGAA